AUGGCUCUCUUCACUUUGGCCACCGUCGCUGCAGCUGUCGCUUUCCCUGGCAUCGCUACUGCGAGCAAGACUCCUGCUGGGGUUAUCUCCGUCCCGUUAUCUCGCGAUGAGGGUCUGACGGCGUAUUAUGCCAAGCUACAGGUCGGCACACCGCCACAGACAGAGUACCUCAAGAUCGACACGGGUAGCCCGCGAUAUUCCUUUCUAGACCCUCGUAAUGAGGUCUGCAAAAAGAAGGGAAACAAUUGCAAGACCUUUGGCACGUUUAACAACAAGACUUCCAAGACAUCCCACUAUGCAGGUACUGGCUUCGCCGACGCCCUAGGCUACGUCGGUCAGGGCGAUUAUCUGGAGGACACUAUUAUCAUCGGCGGCGUUUCAACCAAGAACCUGUACUUUGGCAUGACAUCCGACUAUAGUUUCUCCGACAAGCUGAGCGGUAAUAUUAGCACAAUUCUUGGUCUAUCGUUGGAGUGCUCAUUUGCUGGCCCCAAGUGCAUUGACAGGUUCUCCUCGUACUUCCUACCGGAGCUGAAGAACGCAUCCAAGAUCAACUACCUCGCGACGAGCAUCUACCUUGGGCCCGAUGAUAAGAAAGCUGCCAAUGCCAGGAUGCUCCUUGGUGGUGCUUACGACAAGGCCAAGAUUGACGGUGAUCUCAUCACCGUGCCCAUGGUCGACCCCUUCAAUAUGGAGCUCAGCGAUGGUCAGACGAACUCGGUUAACGUCACCUCUGUCGAAGUCUUCCUCACCAAGGGCAACAACCGCACAAAGGAAACAUACGGAAAGAAGAACGUCGGUGUUCCGGUGCUGAUCGACAGUGGCACUGCGAGCUGGUACCUCACGGACAAGACCAUGCCUCCCGUCCUCCGCGCUUUUAAUGCCAAGGUACAGCCUUUUGGCCAACAAUACUUCGUGGUCGACUGCAAGUACGCCGACACCAAGCGCAACGACGGGUACAUCGCUGUCGAGUUUGGCGUUCACGGCACAAUCAAGGUGCCGCUCUACGGCAUCGUGUCAAAGUUCCCUGAUGGCACCUGUGGAGUGUUCGCCGCUUCUCGUGGGUACCCCGUGUCUCUCUUUGGUGACCCUUUCAUGCGCAAUGUGUACAGCAUCUUUGACCAGGAGAAGUUCUUCUUCUCGAUGGGUAAGGUGAAGCAUACUGCUGAGGAGAAUAUUGUGCCUUUCCCUAAAGGAGGCUUUAAGCCAACUCAUUCCUGA